UUAAUGAGCAUUCACUCCAAAAGAAGACAUCACAACCUCAUUCCUAACAUAGAAAGUUAUUUCAAAUACAGUUUCGGUGGGUAAAUAAGAAGACUUAUUCCUUCAACAGAGGACGCAGCCAGGAGAACAAGACACCCCCAAGUGAAACACAGCUUCUUCACUAGUUCAAGCAAACUCUUUGGCAACAUCACAUCACAUUCAUCAAUUUAACAGGUUAAAAAUGCCACUUUUUGGCUGGAUGAAAUGGCCAAAGAACGACUCCUACAAACCCACAGGCUACCCUGGCUCAGACAUAGUGACAAAGACUCUGCUUCGGGAAUUAAAAUGGCACCUAAAGGAGCGGGAGAGAUUAAUACAAGAGAUUGAAAACGAACAGAAAGUGAAAAGAACAGGUGUGGAUUACAACUGGCUCAGAAACUGCCAGAACCCCCACAUGACUAUCCCAGCAACUGAACAAAGACAACUGGAAGCUCUUUGCUCACAAGUUCAACUUUGCCAAACUGGAAUGAUUCUCAGCAGAUUUCGAGAAGUUUUGGCAGAAAAUGAUGUACUGCCAUGGGAGAUAGUCUACAUCUUCAAGCAAGUUCUGAAAGACUUCUUAAGCACCACAGAUGGGGGGAGUGAGCAGGAGGCCUCAGGGGGGCCUCAGAGCACAGGCUGUGCUGCUUCUUCUGUGGCCCCUGGAGGAAGCCCCAUGAGUGCAGGCAAAGAUGAAAUACCCACCAUUUCAAGUUACGUGGACAAAAACACAAAGAACAGGUUCCCAAUGUUAUCACACAGAAUAUGGAACCUGCCAUAUUAUCAUCCAUCAAGUUAAGUUACUUACAAACAGAGGAAUUUUUAUGAUCAUCUUAGAAUCAGAAGUCUUAAUAUUAAAAAUAAGAAAAAGUGAUGUGACCUCAAGUUUCUCUUUGUUACGAAGUCAGAAGUUAAAAUUCCUGUUGAUGUAGCUUAUAUUUUAAAUAGCAUUCUUUUUUAACCAUUCUGAACAUUCAAUGUUUUCAUUGAAUAGUAUGCUUUUAACUAAAAUGUUUCCGAAAUAUUUUGAAAAAAUGUUUGAAGUAUUUUCUCAUGCCUCAAACACACCUCACAGGAACUAAGGCAAUUUUAUUUAUAUGAAGUUUGACAAAUUCUAUAUGAAACUCAGGCUUUAACCUCAAUUUUUAUUCUAAAAAGAAGCUAUGUACAGAAUGAAAGAAAUGAUUAA